GCUGCUGCUGCUGCUGCUGAGGCAGAGGCAGAGGCAGAGGCUCUACUCGCGCCGCCGCUGCGCAAGCAGAAAGGACACCUCGGGUACCGUAAUUCCCGCUCGGUUCCGCGAGCGCGCAAGGAGAAACAAAGUUCGCUUCUGGGGAAAAGAGCCGGCAGGUUAAAAGGCAAAUGGGCUGAUGUCUCCUCUGUUCAGCAACAGGUGAUGCCCAGAACUAUAAACUGAACUGGGAGUUCCUAAAAUGCAAAACAUAUGAGUGGUUUGGUUGGAUUAAAGCUGACAUUAAGAACGAACACGUAAAUGGAAGAUCUAGAAACACACAAAGCACGCAGGAUAGAGCAGAUGGUAGCAAAAUGGCUGCGUCGAUCACGAGAUAAUUCAGCCAGAGGGAGAGCAUCAGUGAGUGAUAGAUCAUCCGAUGGCAGUAGGCAACCUCCAAGUCAUGUCAAACUCACAGUGGAUGUUCAAAAAGACGUGCUGCAUGGACAUUAUGGCAUUGAAGUUUCUCGUAAUUUUCGCCUUUUGAUCACAUCAGUUGCUGCAGGCAGCACUGCUGAUGGGAAGCUUCUGCCAGGGGAUCGCAUCCUUGCAAUAAACGACGACGCAACAGAAGACCUUACUGGUGAACAAGCAGCUGCUCUUUUAAGGGAAUCGCAAGGCACUCUCCAGUUUACAGUUCUCCGAUGCACCUCGGGUGGCCCUAAAUCAUCUUUUCUUACAGCGGAAAAAAGAGCCAGGCUAAAAACAAAUCCUGUUAAAGUCCGUUUUGCGGAAGAGGUUGUUGUGAAUGGACAUAAUCAGGGAAGUUCUCUUCUGUGUAUGCCCAAUGUUCUCAAAGUCUAUUUAGAAAAUGGACAGACUAAAGCAUUCAAGUUUGAAGCAAACACAACAGUCAAGGAUAUUGUUCUCACUUUGAAAGAAAAGCUAUCCAUUCAAAGCAUUGAACAUUUUGCCUUGGUUUUGGAAGAACAGUAUAAUGUGUUGAAGAUGUAUCUUCUGCAUGACGAUGAGCUCAUUGGACGGGUGGUUCAGAGAAAAGAGUCUCAUAAUUAUCGAUGCCUCUUCAGAGUUUGCUUUAUCCCCAGAGAUCCAUUGCAUCUUUUGCAGGAAGAUCCAGUGGCUUUUGAAUAUCUCUACUUGCAG